CAACUAUUAUCAUUUGCUUAUACUCUUAAUCUUACUGCUUCCUCUUACGCAAAAGAAGAAGAAAAUUUUCUACAGCGCGUGUCUAGAAGGUUACUGAUAACGUGUUGUUUCGACAGCGCGUGUUGCUAAUAAUUUAUAGAUGUAUCAGAUACGCUGCAGGAAGUAUACACACGGAAUCGAACGACUGUUAUAAAAAGCGUACUUUUGCAUGUUUCCUUCUGCUUCGACAUGAAGUGUUUCAUAUUUACCGUUUUAUUCAUCACAGUGGUAAUCCUUGUAACAGUACAAGGUCAAGGUGGUAGUCCUGGUUCUCCUGGAGCACCAGGUACUUCAGGUUGCCCUGCUGGCCCAGGAGGGGCCGGUAGUCCAGGAGGCGCUGGUGGCCCAGGAGGUACUGGUGGUCCAGGAGGCACUGGGGGCCAGGGAGGAACUGGUUUUCGUAAUUGCCCAGGUGGACCAGGAGGGGCCGGCGGACCAGGAGGUGCAGGUGGUCCAAGAGGAGGUGGUGGUACAGGAGGCCAAGGUGGAGGAGGAGGCCCUGGUUAUCCACCUGGUAGUCCUGGUACUCCUGGACCACCAGGUAGUCCAGGAGGCGCCGGAGGUCCAAUAGGAGCUGCUGCUCCAGGAGGCACUGGUGGAAUGAUUAUGCUACCCUUGUAUCCAGAGUGUGAUACUUAUGGUAAAUUAAUGCACGAUAUGUUUGAAGAAAUGCGGAGCGAUAACAGAAUUGGUCCAGAACAAUGUCAAUCAGGAAAUCAUACA